CGGAGAAUGCGGACUGUCACCAAUUAUCUGUUGGUGAACCUGAGUUUGGCUGAUCUCCUAAUGUCACUGCUGAACUGCAUUUUCAACUUUAUUUUCAUGGUGAAUUCGCACUGGCCCUUCGGAGCGUUCUACUGCACUGUCAACAACUUUGUUGCCAACUUCACUGUGGCUGACUCAGUAUUCACUCUGGUUGCCAUUUCUAUUGACAGGUACUUGGCCAUAGUACAUCCAUUAAAACAUAGGACAUCUAAAAAGAGAGCUUUGUUGAUGCUACUGUCCGUUUGGCUGGCAAGUACCCUGCUUGCCAUUCCCUGCAUUCUAUACUCUACAACAAUGACAAAAAGAUAUAAGAAUGGCAACUAUAAGACAAUCUGCUACAUGAAAUGGCCAGACGGACAAUAUCCGCAAUCUAGCAGAGAAUACAUAUACAACUUGAUAUUUUUGGGCUUUACAUACCUAAUCCCCGUCGUAUCGAUGGCGGCCUGCUAUGGAGUGAUUGGACACCAUCUUUGGGGAAGCAAAUCGAUUGGAGAGCGCACACAGAGGCAGCUGCAAGCCAUUACCGCCAAACGCAAGGUAGUGAGAAUGCUGAUCACGGUUGUGUCAAUAUUCGCUCUCUGUUGGCUGCCCUACCAUUCUUACUUCAUCUUCGCCUACCACAACCAAUCAGUGGCCGUCAAGACUUACAUCCAGCACAUCUACCUGGCUUUCUAUUGGCUGGCAAUGUCCAAUGCAAUGGUCAAUCCAAUCAUAUAUUACUGGAUGAAUAAGAAAUUCAGGAUCUAUUUCAAGAAGGCCAUCUGCAGAUGUAGUGUUUGCAAACCAGUGGUCAAUCUUCCACCAAUAACAACGCUACAUAAUCAACAGAAUAGGAGAUUCAAUAAAUUCCUGAGACAGGGCAGUCAUUCCGAAUACAUCACCGGAUCUAGAUCUGCUUGUCUGAGACUUUCGCCGUCAACUCAGACCUCCUGUCGACUGAACGCCAGAAUGCGAGAAUGCAGGAGUAGACGCAAUCCAGCAGUAGCCAUGCAGCUGUCAUACAUUUGUGGUUCAGCUGUGGCUGUCAAUACAACUGCCGAACUCAAAGAUAAAAUGCACCUGGAGCCGACUCAAAGAUGGCAAUGUUGAUGGAAACAUCUCAUGUUAAUAUCCAUUCCAUGUUAAUAUCCAUCCCUUUCCAUGUUGUCAUGAAACUAUCUCGAGUUGAUGGAAAACAUCUCAUGUUGAUAUAAAACAUCUCAUGUUGAUGUGAAAUAUCUCAUGCUACUGUAAAUCUUAUGUUGAUGUGAAAUAUCCUACUAGAUACGGAUUUGAAAUGUUCUUUCUCUAUAAAAUACUCCUUCCUCUCUUAUUAGUGUAAAAUGUUGAUGUUUGACAACAUAAAAAUAUAAUUGACUGUGAUAACUUUUCGGAUAUUGAUCUGUAUUAACUGUAAAUAAAUGAGUGAAAAGAGC